AUGUACGAGUGCCUUGAAGUGUUCGAGAUGAUAGUAACUUUUAUAUUUGAAGCUGUUCGGGAUGAUACCAGUCGCGUUUCCAGCCGAACUCUGAUUGCUUUAGCGGUCACUUGCCAUGACGUUGCGCUCGAUAUGUACCGCAACCUCGCCAACGGCCUCCUCCGCCGAUGCCGCGCCCUCCCCCUCAAAGGCUUCCAGCUCCUAACGGACUCAACUACCCCCAACUCAUCCGCUCCGUCAACAAGGUCAUUGACCCACCACCGCCGCCGCCGCCGCCGCAACGGCGACACCACCCACCCAACCCAUUCCCCUUCCCACCCUGAUACCCGGAAAGUGCGCACUUUGUCCGACAAUGGUGGCCCAGCCGACCCAACAUCCCGCGCAUAAGCUGCACAGUGGUCUUAUUGGCGGAACACGACCAAGUAAGCAGUCGUACGCGGUUCGUGCUCGUGCAGCAUUAUUUCUAGGUGCCGGUUAAUCACUUCGAGUGGGAUAACUAUAAUUUGUCUGUGACUUCUUUCGGGCUUGGGGCGGUUUGACAACUCCUCGUCUUCGCCCUUCCUCUUCCUCGUCUUCUGGAUCCCAGCCCCAGGCCCCCACCACAUCUACUUCCACCACGACGUUAAGGACCCCGGCGCAAACAAUGCAAGAAGACGGAGUGAUGCACCUCUGGUACGUCCGCACGCCAUUCGAAGUCGUGCGCGGGUUCGACGCGAUCUCUGAAGAAAACGACGACGAUGGAGGGACGCCUGAUCGGCCUAGAUCGUUGGUGGGUGCUGAUUUUGGACAU